CCCGUCUACCAGGGCCGAGCUCCUCGCCGUCAACCAGAGAAUUCACCCAGCUUGGCGCGCGCGCGCUGCUCGCACUCGCCUCAGCGCCUCCCGCACCGCCCCUUGCCGGCGCCGCCUCAGCGUGGGCGGGGGAGGCUGUGGCGCGCCUUUCGGAAGCGAUCGAGCUGGCGGGCGCCAUGCGGAGCCGCGCGGAGGUGGACGCUACGCUGCAGACGGCCAAAGUGAACCCGGCGGAGCUGCUGCCGGUCGUGCAUUGCCUCAGCUUCGGCCCACGGUCCGGCGCCGGGGACUACUGCCUGAUGCAGCUGGAGCCCGGCCUCAGCGCCCAGCUGGAGGCCGGAUGCAGCCUAGUAAUCCGUGGUGAAAAGCAUGAACAAGUAGUGCUGUGCAGCAAAGAUAAAACUUAUGACAUGAAAAUAGCAGAUACCUCAAAUAUGCUGCUGUUUAUUCCCAGCUGCAAAACUCCAGAACAGCUGAAGGCAGAUCAAGCAUCUUGUAACAUUAUUCACUCACAGAUUGCUGGUUUCUCCAAUAACUAUUGGGAAUUAAGGAGAUGUCGACCAAAACUAAAGAAGCUGAGGAAGCUUUUAAUGGAAGACUCAUAUAAAGGGCCAGAUAAUCAGAAAGAUCAGGCCUUUUCCAAGUAUACAACAGAAGAUUUGUUAAGUCUGAUUCAAGCAAGUGAAGAAGAAAUACUGCACCAAUUGCAGACUAUAGAUGCCUGUAAAAUUGAAGGAUAUUGGAGAAUUCUAGAAUUUGACUAUGAGAUGAAACUCUUGAAUCAUGUGACUCAGCUAAUUGACUCUGAGUCCUGGUCUUUAAGUAAGGUUCCUUUACGUACCUGCCUUGAAGAACUUGGAUCUUUAGAGCCCAGAGAGAUGAUAGAACAUAUUCUCUUAAGCUAUGGAAGGAAAUACAUUGAUGAUGGGGAGGUUUACUUUGAAAUGCAGGAAGAUAAAAUAUGCAGAGCUACAGCACAAAUGCUUUUGCAAAAUGCAGUUAAAUUCAAUUUAUCUGAGUUUCAAGAAGUUUGGCAACAAAGUGUCCCUGAAGGGAUGACAACAAGGCUUGAUCAGCUUAAGGGCUUGGCUCUUGUGGAUAGAAGUUCAAGACCAGAGACAAUCUUCCUGCUCAAAGUAGAAGACUUGCCUGAAGACAAUCAGGAAAGAUUCAACAGCUUAUUCAGUAUACGGGAAAAGUGGACAGAAGAGGAUAUUGCUCCUUAUAUACAAGACUUAUGUGCUGAGAAGCAGACAGUUGGUGUUCUUCUGACAAAAUAUGCUCGUUCCUCAGUGCAGAAUGGUGUUAAAGUUUAUAAUUCUAGAAGACCCAUUUCAUAACAGGUUUUGUUUCAAGAACUGAGAUUACAGAAUGAAAAGCAGUGAAUGUUGCUUGUUGCUGCCUUCUAGGGAAAGUUGUUAACUGGUACUCUACAGCAUUCUUAGAGUUUAAGCAGCUAAGAUUCUUGAAGGUGUUGUUUUCUGCUCAGCUAAGUGGAAUGUGAGGACACUUGCCUCUUCUAAGAAACUAUAGUGUCAGCAACCGAUGCCCACCUUCCUUUACUCACCUUCCAUUGGCACAAGCUCCUGACACCUCAACACUCAUCAGACUGUCUUUUAAAUAUUACCAAAAAUUGCACUUAAAUGCACAAUGUCUGUUCUUACUUAAGUGGCAAUUAAUUAGAUGUAGAAACUGCGCCUUGAAAACAUAUGGCAGAAUAUUACUUUAUAUUGAGCGAUGAAACAGGAGUUUUUAUAAGUAUCAUAAAGUGGAGUGCCUAAAAUUGAAGUGUAAGUCAUUAAAAAUAUUUGUUUGCAUGUCAGUGAACAGUUA